CUCCGAAGCGUGUGCACGCGGCAGCAGAGAAGGGAUGCGCGCUGCGCGAGCCAGAGGGAAAACAGCUGAGGAGGGCAGAGGUACAGAAACAGGGAAAGCUGCUGCUGCUGCUGCUGCUGCGGCUGCUCUCACAGGAAACACGGAGUCAUCGUUCCACUCACACCGACCGCACAGAGGAGGGAGAAGGUCCUGCGAUGUCGCUGCGGAGCUGACAGCGCCGGGUACCGCAGCGGGGGCGACGCAGCAGACCAGCGCAGGAUUGACACACAAGGAUCUACAAAGCGGUGACCAAGCACCUCUACGUGAAAGCUGCUCUGACAGAGGCUCUGAAACACGUGCAGACUGUGUGUGGUUCAGCGAAGCCCAUGCAAGGAUUAUAUACCACUUCACUCUGUAAGUGAGAUGCCACCGAGGUGCAAGAAGCAACAACGUAAAUAGCAGAGAGCUUCUCCAAAUGCUCAAGAUACAGUUCUGAAGAGUUUCCACCUCCGAGUCACAACAGCAGGAUUUAAAGCCCUGGGAAUGAAAAGCUAAGGUCUGUGAGGGGAGUUGCCAGAGUGGAAGGAAAUAUAACAGCAGCCAACAGCUGUCAGAGGAACCGUCUGACCAAUCAGCAGAGGGCAGGAUUGUAUGCGGCCAGUUGGAGGGAGAGAAAUGUUGGGAAAGGUUGGGCAUGCAGCCCUGACGUUGCUGUCAUUACUGCUGCUGUGGCAGGAAGCGGCAGCCAUCGAAGUUCCUCUAGAUCCAAAGAUCCAGCAAGACUUGAAGCAGCCCCCCACCAUAAUCAAACAGUCAGUGAAGGACUACAUCGUCGACCCCAGAGAUAACACCAUCAUCAUAGAGUGUGAAGCCAAGGGCAACCCAGUGCCAACGUUCUCAUGGAGGAGGAAUGGGAGGUUGUUCAACAUUGGCAAAGAUCCCAGAGUGACUAUGAGAAAACGCUCAGGAACCCUGGAGGUUGGGUUCCGUAGCGGAGGACGACCAGAGGACUACGAGGGAGAGUACCAGUGUUUUGCCACAAAUGAGCUCGGAGUGGCCCUGUCCAACAAAAUACUGCUCCGCGUCUCCAAGGCCCCGUUAUGGCCUAAGGAAGUGCUGGCCCCGGUGCCGGUGACUGAAGGCUCCCCUCUGGUCCUACCCUGCAACCCACCGCCUGGCCUGCCUCCUCCACUCAUAUUCUGGAUGGACAGCAACAUGACCCCCAUCCAUCAAGACAGGAGGGUUUCCAUGGGUCUGAAUGGAGACCUGUAUUUCUCCAAUGUUUUGGUCCAAGACGGUCAAAACGACUACAGCUGCAACGCUCGCUUCAACUUCACAUACACCAUCCAGCAGAAGAACCCCUUCAACCUCAAAGUUCAGACCAGGGAGCCAUAUAAUGACACAUCUUACAAUGCCUCUGAUCCCUUCGGUGGCCGCAAAGUAGCAGAGACACCGCCAUCCUUCCUGUCUCCUGAAGGGAGUGGGAGCUCCAAAAUGGUGCUACGAGAUGAGCGAUUACUGCUGGAGUGUAUCGCUGCUGGGCUUCCGACUCCCUCCAUCAAGUGGUUUAAGAGGGGGGGAGACCUGCCAGCACUAAAGGUGAAGUUUGAGAAUUUCAAUAAGACUCUGAAAAUUCUCAGUGUGUCAGAGGAGGAUGCUGGGGAGUAUGUCUGCAUGGCAGACAACCGUCUGGGCAGCAUACGCCAUUCCAUCGAUGUCCAAGUUAAAGCUGCUCCUUACUGGUUAGACAAACCCACAAACCUGGUGCUGGCCCCAGAGGAAAAUGGCCGCUUGGUGUGUCGAGCCAAUGGCAACCCUAAGCCCAACAUCCAGUGGCUUAUGAACGGCGAGCCAAUAAACAAGAUCACAGAAACUCCAACAAGCGCAAACAGAGAAGUUCUAGGUGACACCAUUCUGUUCCGCGGGGUGCAGAUCGGAAGCAGUGCAGUCUACCAGUGCAACGCCUCCAACCAGCACGGCUACCUGCUGGCCAACGCCUUCGUCAGUGUUCUCGACAUGGCUCCACGGAUGCUGGGACCCAAAAAUCAGUUAAUCAAAGUCGUCAUGAACAACCGAACCUUCCUCAACUGCCCUUUCUUUGGCUCUCCUUUACCUGAGCUGCGCUGGUUUAAGAAUGGCCAGGGCAGUGGGCUGGACGGGGGUCAGUACCGGGCCUACAUCAACGGCACCCUGGAGAUCAAACGCGCUCGAAAGGAGGAUGAGGGCAUCUACACCUGUGUGGCUAACAACAUGUUGGGUAACGCUGAGAACCAGGUCCAGCUGGAGGUCAAAGAGCCUACUCGUAUAAUUCAAGCUCCCACGCACCAGUCAGUUUUGAGGGGCUCUAAAGCUAGCUUCCACUGUAAGGUGGUGUCGGACCCCAGCCUGCCCACCAAGGUGACCUGGACCAAGGACGGAGAGCGCCUGGAUCUGGGAUGGAGGCUGAAGAAGAAUGAAGAGUCCCUGACUAUCCCGUCUGUCAGUGAGAACGAUGAGGGAAUUUACACCUGCACUGUUAAAUCUGAGAUAGACCAGGACUCGGCCUCAGCCCGCCUCACUGUCUUAGAGGACGCCUUCCUCAACCCCUCAAUCUUUAGUGCCUUGCCUCCAGACCAUCCAGACCCACCAAUAGAUCUGGAUCUGUCAGACCCGUCAGCCCGUAGUGUUCGCCUCACCUGGAUUCCUGGGAACGACCGCAGGAGCCCUGUCACAGAUUUCUUGGUCCAGUUUGAGGAGAACCGCUGGGAGCCAGGCAGAUGGCAGAACCUGUCCUCUUUCCCUGGAGACCUCAACUCUGUCAUCCUGCAGCUUGCCCCCAAUGUCAAUUAUCAGUUCAGGGUCAUUGCCAUUAACUCAGUGGGUCGGAGUCAACCUAGUCAGCCCUCACCUCGGUACAAAACCACCGCAGCACCCCCAGAUUCAAUUCCCAGAGAUCUACGUGGUUGGGGAUCCAAUAAGGACAACAUGGAGAUCACCUGGGAGCCUCUGCGCGAUCUGGAGAAAAACGGCCCAAAUCUGCAGUACAACGUGUGGUGGAGACGGAAAGACUCUGGGGACGACUGGACCAACGUGACCACGUCUGAGACCAAAUAUGUCGUUCGCAACACUGAAACAUAUGUGCCUUACGAGAUAAAAAUCCAGGCCAGGAAUGAGUUGGGAUCAGGACCCGAGUCUAACAUCGUCAUUGGAUAUUCUGGAGAGGACAAGCCCACUGAUUCACCCACUGAGCUGCGGGUGUCGAAGGUUGGCAGCACCAGAGCAAACAUCCACUGGAAGCCCGUAGAUCUGAGUUCUGUCCAGGGGGAGUUCAAGGAGUACAGAUUGUACUACUGGCGCGAAUCCAGUCUGGUUCCAGGGCUGGUGGUGAGCAAGGAGAAGAAGACCACUGGGUUCUACACGACUGUGCCAGAACCGUCCGGGAUUCUCAAAGACUUGGUGCCCUACUCUAAAUAUAAGAUGUUCAUGGUUGUGGCCAACAGUCGCUUUGAGAGUCUACCCAGCAACAACGUGGAAUUCACCACUGCGGAGGGCGUUCCCGAUGCUCCCAGGUUCUUCAGGAUUAACCGCAGAAGUUUGGACACACUCUACUUGGAAUGGGGCAAACCAUUAGAACCCAACGGCAUUCUAAUUGGAUACCAACUCGUAUGCCAGAGAGUGAACGGGUCCAGACUGGAUCAACAGGAGAUCAAGACGUUCCGUCCCAACGUGACAGACUUCAUCCUGCGCCUGCCGGACCGGUCCGCUCGCUACAAGUUCAACCUGUCAGCGCUCACCCAGGUGGGAACGGGAGAGGUCUAUGCCGAAGAGUCGCCGCACUUUACCAAUGAAGCAGAAAACUUUACUGAUGCUACAGAUGUAGUUGAGCUUACGGAUGCCACCCUGUUUUCUGUUUCCUCUCCUACUCCCACUCCUCUUCCUCCCCUUCCUCCUACUACCAUCCCUCCCACAACAAUCAGUAUCACAACUCCUACCCCUCCUCCAACAACCCCUCCUACUACUACCACUACUACUACCACUGAGGCAACUACACCCUCCACAGUUCCUGUGCUGGUCACUACCAAGCGAGUUGAUCAGAAUGUCUUGGUAACCCCUCGGCGGGAGAUCUGGAAUCUGACGGUGGUCCCCAACAGUUACUACGCGAACGUCAACUGGAGUCACAACUUCCCAGCUGACAGCAAGUUUGUUCUAGAGGUCACUCUGGACAGCAACAAGACAGUGACAGUUGAAGAGGGGAAACAGCCGCCCGUUAAUCUGAAGGCUCUGAUCGCUGGUGAGAAGUACCAUCUGAAGGUUUACUCCCAAGAGCUCAACAGCAUCAGCAGCAAAUCUGUCACCUUUAAAACUAAAGCAGCUCACAUAGACCAGGUAGACAUAGCCACUCAGGGCUGGUUCAUUGGCUUGAUGUGUGCCAUUGCCCUCAUUAUACUGAUCCUCCUCAUUGUCUGCUUCAUCAAGAGGAGUCGAGGAGGCAAAUACCCAAGUCCCGGCUUCUUGACUGGUUUCACAAAAUACCUCGUUCGUGACAAAAAAGAUCUUCCCCUGGAUCCAGUGGAUCAGAAAGAUCAGGAUGGAUCCUUUGAUUACCAAAAUGGUUCAUCUGUCCGCGACAGGAACGAAAAUGAAAACAGCAGCGACGAGGACAACAAGCCUCUGCAGGGCAGCCAGACUUCGCUGGACGGCAACGUGAAGGAGAGCGACGACAGCCUCGUGGACUACGGCGAAGGCGGCGAUGGCCAGUUCAACGAGGACGGCUCAUUCAUCGGCCAGUACACGGUGAAGAAGGACAAGGACGAGACGGAGGGAAACGAGAGCUCCGAGGCCACCUCUCCUGUCAACGCCAUCUACUCGCUGGCGUAGCGGAGCGGCGCCGCUGCAGGACUCCCCAACGCCCCUCUGAUUCCCGUUAGGCACCUCACCGUACACGAGACACACACUUGAUUAUACGAGUAUCUAACACACGGUACACGCAGAAACGCAGGAGGCGCUGCCUGGAGACUAAACAGGCUCUUUCUCCUCCAUAGAGAUAAAGACGAGGAACACGGGGGUGUUGGGGGAGUGGGGUAAUCUUAGACCACAAGCCUUUAAUUUUCCGUUUCUUGGCUCUGAUUACACGAUCCGUCGGAGGCAAUCGUUGGACGGAGAGGAGAAGUCGUCUCCGGAGCGCCCCUGUCUGCUAUUCACCCAUGCAAAACUUUGAAGUGUGCCUUCAGUGGCGGCUUUGGAUGCAUCAGCAAGCAGUCUUGGUUUCUUUCAUUGGGUUUUCUGUCCCCCCCAUCAUUUCGCCGCUGCUCUGCCUGAGAUGCUCCUCUGAAUCUGAAUCCCUGAGUCCACUCAGACCCCAUCCUGUGACAUAUCAGCCUCUCACUAUUAAUCUGAACAGGAUGCUGGCAGAUAUGUUUAUCAUAUUGAUACUUACUGCGCAGUGAACAAUUUUCUUUUCUUCUUUUUUUGUUUUCCACAGCUGGUAGAUGAUGUAUUGAAUCCUAAUAAAUGCUGUACACAGUCCUGGCACACAUUUUAGUGCCCCUUGAAACUAUGCACAACCUCCAUCACAUUUUGAGUUUAAUCUGGUUGAUAAAAACAUAACGUUAGGUUUCUGUUAGCCAUCUUAAAUCUGAAAACGCGUGUUUUUAUCGAUAUGUUCGUCUCCAAUGUUCAAUCCAACCUUUUAAUGUCUUGUAAAAAAAAAAAGAGAGAGAGAACCCAGCACCUGCACAGGCUUCAGCGCCUCUUACAUUCUACUGUAAAAAAAAAAAAAAAGUCCAUCUUUUGAAUAAUAAGAAAAAACAAAUAUUUUGGAGCAUGAUAGUAAAACAUGUGCACUAAAUAGAAACAGAAAUUGUAGUUUUAGCAAGAAACACCAAAAUAUCAAACCCAGUUAAUUCCCUCAUAAGCAAGCAAGCCACCGCCGCUCUGCUUCUUUGUUGCCAUGGCGCCUCACAUUUUCUUUUAUUUUGAGUUCAAAUUUGUUGCACGCUAUUAAUAAAACAUCAAAAUCUGUAGCAACAACAUUUGGGUUCAUGACAGAAAAUGGAAUAAAAAUCUGCGUCUCUCACACACACGCACACACACACACACACACACACAUGGGAUAUUUUAGAUUUUGAAAGCAGACUUUAAAUUCUUCCUGUGGACGAAAAACCAAGGUGUGUCCAGAUUUAAGGUGGGUUUAUGCUGCUUCCAUUCUUUGGUUUCUUACAGCCAACAGUCAGAUGUUUGUGUCCACUAUAAACUAAGCAAACUUCAGUGAAUGAGAUAUCACAUCAUUUCGACAUUUAAAAGCAGAUAAAAAUUGUGCAUUUCUUUCCCUUCACAUGACUUGUAAAAUCGUUCAUGUUCUGUCUUAACCCAACUGGAUGAACAAAUCCACACCUUUGCGUUUUUCUGCCAUUUGCGCCUCUUUGCAGAACCUGACAUUAUGAUAGUCAUUUGUUCUCAUGCUACUGUUAAAGUAGAAUUUCUACAGUAUGGUCAUAAUGAACUGAAUCACUUUAAAAUGACAUAUGCUGUAAUAUGUUGUUUUUGGAGAGGAAGGAUCAGUAUUUUACAUCCAUGCAAGCUGAUAGGUUGACUCUGUGUUCACUAAAACAAAACAAAACAAAAAAACCAGUAGGGAUAGUUUUGAUUCCUAAAUUGAUUACUUACAAAAUUAUUUAUUCAAUGCAUUACUUUAUUUUAGCCCUCCAGAGUGUGGCUUCUUCCACUCAACAGCACUAUCUGAGGCUACGUUCACACAGCAGGCAAAUGCGACUCAAAUUCGACUUUCCCCCUUUUUCCUCCCUAUAUGUGACCCAUAUCCAACAUUUUCAGUCCGAACCCAAAAAAAAUCGGAUCUGUUCCACUUCCACAUGUGGCACUGAAUCACGUACAUAUCCGAAAGUUUUCAAAAAGCGUCGCCAGUAUGAACCGUCGUGGCGCAUUUUCUCUGUCUUUUGCGUCAUUGAAGCGAGACCUGCGUCGUAACGCUGCAUCAGAAGAAGCAGCAGCUCUGGAUGUAAACAAUGUCUGAAAGUUGUAAUCCUGAAAGUUAUCGCCUUGUUAUGAUCUUGUGACGACGCUGUCGGCUCUCACUGCUGGAUGAACGUUCAGAUUGAUCCACAGACUGCUCCAUCCAUUAUUACUGCCGUAAACAGAGCGCUGCUGUGUGACGUCUACGUUCUUCUUCUCUUGCGAGUCGCUUUGGGAUUGUAAACCGUUCAAAUAGAGGUCAGAUUGAGUUAGUAGUAUGAAUUAAAACGCAAAAAAUAAAUAAAUAAAAAAUUGGAUUUGAGUAUCUAGACCUGCUGUGUGAACAUAGUCUAGCGCUUCAAUGAAUAUCAUUGAUUUUUUUUUUAGUUAGCUUGGAACUCCAUGUAAAUAUUUAAUUUAUAUGUCUAUUACAGAAAUAGUAUUAAUAUUAAGUCUACAUUAUAUUCAUAUUUAAUUUUAAAAUAAAACACAUUUUUGCCUUUUAUUGUGGCUGCAUUUCAUUGUCAGAAAUAGAAUCGCGCGCGCACACACACACACGCACACACACACACACACACACACACACACACACACACACACACACA